UCACUUUCCCAUUCCCGUCGUCAAUCAUUCCUUUGGUGAACAUCCCUCCAGAGCCUUGAAAGUUACGUCGUAAUCAUGGCCUUCACGCUUUCCGCCGGCAUGGCUCUUCUAGCCUCCAUCUCUGCCGUGGCUGCAGUCCCUUUCCCCGGAGCCUCCUUCCUCCAACCCCGUCAAGCAACCAUGCCCGACCAUUGCACGAACUACUGCAGCGUCGGCGCAGGCUGCGUCUGCAUCAUCAGACCCACGAACUGUGUCGCAAACUACACCGUAGAAGACGGCGACAGCUGCACAUCAAUCGUUGCAAAAUACCAGUCCUUCCGAGCCACCGACCUCUACGCCUGGAAUCCCGAGAUCGGCCGUGAGUGCUUCGGCUUGCAGUCCCACGUCCCUGUCUGCAUUGACGUGACCGGCUACACGUACCCCGGCCCCGUCGAGGGCGGCGAGAUUUGGACGCCCGAGCAGACGCCUGUGCCCGUGCAGCCGGGAAUUGUGUCGAAUUGCACACAGUUCGAGUUCACGGAUAGCAGUGGCAAGCCUGGCUUCGCGGCGCUGCUUAGAUCGAAUGGGAUUACGCAGGCGCAGUGGAAUGCGUGGAAUUAUCCGUCGCAGAACGAUACGGGCGAUUGGUCGCUUUGGGCGGGAUACUUCUCGUGUGUGAAGGCGUAGAUUGAGUUGGGCCGGAUUGUGGCGGUAUCGUUGGCUAGUGGCUCGUGUCUUUGCGUUGGAGGCAUUCAGGCAUGCUGCUAUGUGUACCGCCUCGUUCGUGGAAAGCGGGU